AUGUGGGACGCGAAAAUGGGUUUCCUCUCUCGCACAGUGACCAUUGUGGCCUCGCUGCUAUCACUAGCUAGCGCCGUCUCGAUCUUGUCGACCAAGACGUACAAUAUCUCUAACGAUGUCGAGGGCUCAGUGCAUAUGAAUGCCCUCGCAUUUCAGCAAAGCCCGUUGAGCACUUUCGGCGAUUAUCAAUAUGUAGCGUUCUACAAGACUGCAACCGGCUAUGGAAAGCACUACGUUAAUCUCGGUCGAAGGCGCAUUUCACCAUCGCUCGGCGAUUGGCAAUCAUUUGCAUUCACCGACUACGUUCAGCAGACACUCGACGAGCACAACACCAUUAGCAUGGGCAUUAGCGGAGACGGCAAGAUUCACCUGAGCUUCGAUCACCACGAUGUGCCACUCAACUACCGCGUAUCUACGUCUGGCAUCGCGAAGACCAUCCCGUCGGACUGGAGUAUGAGCACAUUCGGCGGUUCAGUCCAGCAUAGCCUGCCUGGAUCCACAGGGCCAUGGACACCCCUCACCUACCCGCGUUUCGAGCGCCUUGCAAACGGCGACAUGCUCAUGGAGUUCCGCAUUGGACAAAGCGGAGCCGGCGACUCGUACAUCCACCGCUACUCUAGCACGUCUGGAUCCUGGAGCGCAGUCGGCAAAUACCUCCAAGGCGAAGACAACAACGCCUACAUCAACGGCUUCACCUCAGCAAGCGGCAAACUCUACGUGAGCUGGACCGUCCGUGAGACGCCCGACGCCAGCACAAACCACGACUUCUACUUCGCGCUCUCGGAAGACGACGGCGCGACCUGGAAAGCUACAAGCGGGAGCACCGUCGCGAAGCCCAUCACGCCGUCAACAGCUGGCAUAAAGGUCUUCACCAUCGCACAGGGCAAGCAGAUUAUGAACCAGGAAGCGCAGACCGCAGAUGACAAAGGCCGCUUCCACGCUCUUAUGCGCGAUAAUACUUCCGGAACAGCGCGCUUCUACCACUACCUUCGUAUGGCUACUGGGACGUUCACGAAGACUGCGAUCAACGCUGCGGGUCUUUCUAGCCCGCCUUAUCUUGCUUAUAGAGGUAAACUCGCCGCCCGCGGGGACAGUUUGAUCGCGAUUCUGCCGGAUGCACCUAAGAAUACUACUACGCUGUACGGUGCGACCGCUGGCGGGAACUACCAGGACUGGAAACUCCUGGCUACGAUUCAGAAUACGGCUGGCGAGCCCGGAGUGGACGAGGAGCGGUUGGCGCAGAGCAAUGUCUUGAGUGUGUUCAUUAGGCAGGGUGGGCCGUUUGGGGAUCGGAAGAUUCAGGUUUGGGAUUAUGAUGUGCAGUGGUAG